GGAAAAAAUGGGAUAUCCCACAUUGUUCAAUGCAAUUCACACCUGUCCUGUCUUUUUCUUUCUUUUAUGCUGGAAUUUGAGCCAUGACAGUCAGUUUUUCCAGAGCGCAGUGAAAGGAGCAGUAGAUUUUUGUAUGUAAAACUUUCCCUCAAUAGCAGCCGUGGAUACUUCCCUGAGUGACAAGUUAGCAAUUUUCCUCAAGAGAGAGGGACUACCACCGACAAGUGGGGGAGUGUGUUGACCAGCUGCUGAACAAAAAUGACACAUAGGUCUGAAGGUGGCAAGUGGUGCCUGCUAGACAAUGGACCAGAUGGGGUUGACAUGAAGUGGAUAUCCAGCACUGGGUCUAUCAAAUGGGUCAGUGAUCAGAUGGGCGGACACAUUUCUGAUCUUUAUGUGCCGCAGGAUGGGGACUCAACCUCUGUCAUGGUAUCAGUUCGAAAUCAAAAGGCACUCAAGAUGCCUUUAGCAACGUUCCGUGGUGCAGAAGACUGUGGUGAGGGAGAAAACUGCUUUUCUGAGCUCAACAGCAACAUGUCACAAGUUGACUUCAUCAAAAUGUUCAGAGUCAUCAAAGAUGCAGUGUUUGGAGAAUGGAAAACUAAACUACAGUCUGAUGACACCAGAAUGCCACUUCAAGAAGUGAGCAGCAACCAAAAAUGCAAGCCAUCUCCACGGCCAGAGAAUACCUUAGGUGCUGUUCUACUCGGUUCUCCAGUUAAACUCUUUCAGUCUGUGGCAGGUACAAGCAGGGCUUCAAGGAGUCCAGUAAAAUCUCCUAAGAAGGUCACCAGGAACAUAAGACAGAAACGUGAAACACAAAGGAGAAUCAACAUCACGACUAUUGGUGGCACCCCAGCUAAGGCUCCCACUGAGAUGGAAGAAGAGGAGGAAGACAUAUUGGUAAACCUCCCAGCAAAGAGACAGCAGAUGUCUGUUCAGAAAAGCCCAGGGAAGUCUGCCAAAGAGAUGGAAGAGGAAGAAACGGUACCAGUGAAUCCAGCAAAGCGGCAGCGGCUGUCUACACCAAAAAAUGCCAAGAAGAGGGAUUUCCAAGAUGGUGUCAUCGCCAUGCGCAAAGCCCUCAUAGCCGAUAUAAAGGAUGCAUAUGAGGAGCUGGGUGACAAUGAGUGCCUGCCUGCACCGUCAGCCACAGUGAGGGCCCAAUGGACAAGCAUACUCCAAUACAAUCAGUACCGUCAGGUAUGCAACAACGCGAAAGAGUACAGGCUUGUGGCACGACUGAGCAAGCGAUGCUGGGCAAAAGUCCUGCACAUCUUCAAGCUGUGUCAGGCAAAUGAAAUUGUGACUAAGGGGAGGAGGGCCUCAAUGGUUUUGUUCAGUCCCUUGAAGGGACUGUCAGAGCCUGAUAUGUAUGCUGUACUGUCAACGUAUGCAGAGUCUGCUUGUGGGGCCAAGCUGGACGUGAAGACACUUAUUAACAGUGUAAAUCAAGACAAGGAAAAGGAUAAACUCCCCACAACAAGGGAAAUGGUGGAUGAAUAUAGGAAGAUGAAGAGCCAGCUGAAAGCCCUAAAGGAGCAAGGGAUCACUCUGGAGGAAGCAGCACAGCAGAGAGAGACAAUAAGGGAACUGGAGGCAGAAUUAACUCAGCUCCGGAUGUUUGCUGUUGAUGUUGCACAAACUGCAAAUUCCAACGAGGAGGCUGAUGUAAAGAUUUAUUACAUCAAGAGGAUGCUAGAGAUUGAUUCAUUUCUGGAUCCCACAACUGGAGGAUUCGCCAUGGAGCUCUCGCUGUCAAAAGUUGAAGGUCACCCGAGUCUACAUAUAACAGAUGAGUUCAGUCCGGGAUUUUCCAGCACAAUGCUCAAUGGUGAACUUGAUGCCUAUCAGGCAUUUCAAGACACAGACGACCGGGACAGCCUGAUGACGGAAACUCACUCCGAAAAGGCCGGCGAAGGAGAUCGCGACACCGCUGCUGACAGCCAGAUGACGGAAACUCACUCCGAAAAGCCCGGCGAAGGAGAUCGCGACACCGCUGCUGACAGCCUGAUGACGGAAACUCACUCCGAAAAGGCCGGCGAAGGAGAUCGCGACACCGCAACUGACAGCCUGAUGACGGAAAUGGAUUUGGACAAGGAUAGAUGGGUAGCCGUUGCACUAGAAGUGCCAGAGGGGUGGCAUAUUGCCAAGCUAGAGGGUACUGAAGGCAAUAAGGCCUGUGUUAGCUUUCUACAGACAGGGAUACCUCUUGUGUAUAAAUGGCCAUCACUAACGGAUAAACUCAUAGUAAAUAUCAAAUGCAUCAUAGAUAAGGAUGUGGAGAUGACUCCAUCUGGAACUGGAACCAGACAGUAUUGGCGUAUGUCUAUUGCCACAGCUCAUCGACUAAACAUGCUGUUCGAUGAAUUCAAGGUUAACUACUGGUGAAUUUAACAUGAACUUUGUUUGAUUGACUGUUGUGUGUAUUAUGCUUUUUUAUGCUAUGCUUAAGUAGGUGUGUAUCAUGCUGUUGGACAAAGUGAGAAGUGGUGAUAGGGUAUGUGCCAGUUGGCACAUUUUCAUGUUACAUUUAUUACCAUUAGUGAUUCUUUGUAUUUCUGGUUGCACUGGUGAACUGGUGCCAGAAGAUUUUUAUGUUGCACGGUGUGAAAUAAAAGGAAAAGAGUGUACAUUUGGUACAAA